AUGCCUCCCGGACGUCCUGUGAAGCAUCGCAGCCCGAGCUCGACGCCCAUUCCAUCCACUGAAGCCGCKUCUGACGGCUUACAAAUACCGGCAGCACAAUGGGCGRCCAUGUCCAAGAUGCUGAAUGCCAUCUACGAUUACCGCACCGAGGAAGGAUUGGACCCGAGCAAGCUCUUCCACCGCAAGAUUAACAAGCGUGUAAUGCCAGAGUACUACGAUACGAUCAAGGAGCCCAUGGCGAUGUCGGCCAUCAAAUCCAAGAUUAAUCAAAAGGCCUACGCACACUUCUCCGACUUUGUGCGCGACUGGGCCCUGAUCAUAUACAAUGCCCAAGUGUACAACGUGCCAGACAGUGGCGCCUUCCAGGACUCGCUUAUAAUCAAAGAGCUGGUCGAGAAGCAUCUUCAGACGUUCGUCAAGGAUGGUUUAAUCACCCAGGAAGUCGCGACGCUACCGCACAUCGGUGAGAUUCCCACAUAUGAGCCGCCUGCCAAAGUUGAGGAGCCCGAGGCAGAAAUAGAGGAGGAGGAUGAGUCGGACGAUGAAGGCGAGGAGGACGCAGACGAGGAUGACGAUGCAGACGAGGACGAUGAUGGCCGGAAGAAGAAGCGACGCGGGCCACGGGCUUCCACAUCCAUCGCCAAGCGUGAGGUGGAACAUGAGGCGGACGGGAAGCGUCACAGAGGGCGGCCUCCAAAGCUGCUUACCCCUAUGGAAGCCCGCAUGCAGGCCAUUUUGAAGGGUAUUCGCAAGCCAAGGAACAAGGCACAGCUCAUGAUCAAAUCCUUUGACCGCCUUCCGGACAAGGCAGCGAUGCCAGAUUACUAUGUUGAGAUCAAGCAGCCCAUGGCCUAUGAUCAACUCAAGCGCAAGGUAAAGCGUAAGAAGUAUAAAACGUUAGAGGAGUUCAUGGCGGAUGUGAACCUCAUCUUCGACAACGCCAAAUCCUACAAUCAGGACGAGUCUCAAAUCUAUCAAGAUGCGGUACAUUUACAAAAGGAGGCCGCGAAGCUUUACGAAGAAGAAAAGGUCAAGCCCGACGAGUCGUUUGCGGACGAUGAAGGCAAGAUGCCCCUACCGAAUGGCAUCCUUCACAAUGGCGAGCUUUACAAAGUCGGCGACUGGGUGCAUGUGCAAAACCCCAAUGAUUUGACCAAGCCGAUUCCCGCGCAGAUAUACCGGACCUACAAGGAUCCGGCUGGCCAGAGCAUGGUCAACGUCUGCUGGUACUACCGUCCCGAGCAGACCAUCCAUCGCUUCGAUAAACACUUUCUACACAAUGAAGUCGUCAAGACUGGCCGAUACAGGGACCACAGAAUCGAUGAGAUUGAAGGCAAGUGCUUCAUCAUGUUCUACACGCGAUACUUCAAGGGUCGACCCCGCCAUAUUGCCCAAGGUACUGAGGUAUAUGUUUGUCAAUCACGAUACAACGAAACAUUGCAUCAGUUCAACACCAUAAAAACUUGGGCAAGCUGUCUGCCCGAUGAGGUGCGCGACAAAGACUACGAAAUGGAUCUCUUCGAGCAGUCCCGGAAGAUGAAGAAAUUCAUCACGCCGCUUGCGUAUCUGUUGAAGGACGACCAAAAGGAGACUGACGAGCUUCCCAAGCCCGAAUGGGGAGCAGAUCGGGCACCGCCGAAGAUYGGAGCGGUUCACAGACGGCCUCGCGGUGAGAAGGAUUCACCGCCCCCGGAACCUACACCUCCGCCGCCACCGAAACUGCCUACUCCGCCACCUCGACAAAUGGCUCCAACGCCAAGCUAUACGCCUGUCGCGCAUCAGCAGCAGCAAAUUCAGCGUCAGCCUUCGCUCGGCAGCGUGCAAGGCUACACUCCUGCGCGUGCGCAGCAAUAUGCUGGCCUUCCGGCACCUUCACCGGCACCUCAAAGACCACUAUCGCAGAGCACUUAUCCGGCAACACCACAGCACGCCCAACCGAUACCGCCGAGACCGACACCAUCUCAGCAGCCAGCCUUCCCGCCAAGUCACAGUAUGGGAGCUGCCCCUGCACACUAUGCUCCACGGCCGCACGUGAACUAUAGGGAUCCACCGACACCCGAGGUGUACACACUGCCUGACGCAGCCAAUCUCUCCAUUCCGCCCGAGGUUCGUGAACAAUAUCAGCGAGACGAGUUUGGCCGCGUGCUUUUCUUCACAGCUCCGCCUGUUGGCGUAGACCAGGAAAUUGCGACCCGUGGCCACAGUGUCCGUUACCUCGCGAAGAAAGCUCGCCAGCAGGAACUAGUGUCCAAGAAGCGCAAAGAGCGUGAGGAUGCUGCGGCUGAGUCUGAGCGUGUUGCGAAGAAAGCUCGUGCUGCAGCUGCGGACAAAAUCUCGACCAACGUCGAAAGUCUGAAGCUGAAAGCACUGGAAGCGUUGGACAAGCAGCUUGCUACAUCUGUUGCUGGCGAGUUGAGCGACCAGGAACUGGCCCAACUGAGCGAGACCCAGAGAUCUAUGUUCGAGGCAAACAGACUGAGGGAAGAAAACGCGAAGAGCCGGUCUGCAAUGAGGAGCAUUCGGUUGGGAAGCACUUUCUUCACCGAUGACUGGGAUUCUCGUUUGGUGCAAUAG